GAAAACGAUGUGCAAUUGGUUAACCGAAUUUAUAAAAGUACGGCUCUAACGCGUACUUAACUUCAGAUGAGUUUGGCACGCCUCUGGAGCACCCCAUCUGAAACUGGUCUAACUUAUUUACCAACAAAAACGAUUAGUCUAUUCUGGAAGGUCAUCAUGCUUUUAUUCACUUCCAACUCCAAUCAAUCGCAAUAAAAACGACAGAUAACCACCUUAAAUAUGUCGUUUCAAAGUGAUGCAUUUGAAACAAUAAAUCCACAUAAGGUAAGGCUAAAGUAAAGUGGGUUCUCAUUUCACGUCACUGAACUUCAUUACCUCACCUCUCUUGAUUGUUUUUUCAAGUUGCAACAUGGUCCCCGUGUACUACUUUGGCAGCAAAAAAACAACAACAUUCCAUUACUUGUUAUUAUAAGUGCAUUUUGCAGAAGCACCACAUUCGGCAAUUGUGUUUGCUGAGAAAGACAUUUAAAUUUGCUCCCCUGUGAGCUGUUGUUUUGUUUUCAGAAGCUUGUGUUUCCGGGUGAAAUCAGAGUCGAAUAAUCUGCACAGCGAGGGAGUGGAGAUCAGGGAUUCUGCCUGUAUCAUCAUUCCGGCAGCCGAGAAGAACACGUCACGCAUAGGACGACUGAAAAAAAAAAAAGAAACAGAAGACAACAAUCCACACCUGCUUGGAACGAUGCAGAUCUGCUGUCCUUGAUGGUAUGACUAUGAGGGAGAGUUACAGGAAAUAAACCUCAAAGUGAGAGCAGGUCCCUAUGAUUGUCCUGGAGUCCCUUACCCACAAUGCCACCUGCUAUGACGGAUAUUCUGGAUAUCUGGGCCGUGGAUUCCCAUCUUGUAAACGAUGCCGGCAUCACUGUGGACUUCCUGCUUCCCACUGGCAUCUUCAUCCAGAUGGACGUCCCCCGAGAAGCUACCCUCCAGCACAUCAAACUGUUGCUGUGGAAGCAGGCUCAGAGCUACCCCCUGUUCACCUUCCUGGGGCAGAUGGAGGCCUACAUGUUCGAGUGUGUGAACCAGACUGCCGUGCACGAGGAGCUGGAGGACGAGACUCGAAGGCUCUGUGAUGUCAGACCCUUCCUCCCGGCCCUCAAACUCGUCACCAGGAACUGUGGCAGAGCUGAGAAACUGCUAGACUCCAAGAUAGGGGUGCUAAUAAGCAAAGGUCUCCACGAGCUGGAUGCCCUCCAGGACCCUGAGGUGAAGGAGUUCCGUGCCAAGAUGAUCCGGAUCAGCGAGGAGAAGAUGCAGAAGCUGCAGCUCCUCACGUGGAUGGAGUGGCUGCAGUGCAGCUUCUGCCCCCUGCUGGAGCCCAGCGUGCCAGACAGCAUCCUGGACAAGCUGCACGGGGGCCAGAUCGUGAUCGCAGUUCGGUUCGACAACUCGCAGAUUGUGAGCCUCAAAGUCUCCCCUCACACUAGUCCCAGCACCUUGACGGAGCAGGCUGUCAGGAAGUGGCUGACUACGCACGGCAAGGAGGAAGAGGAGGGGAACAGCAACAACUUUGUGCUCAGAGUCAGUGGAAGGCUGGAGUAUCUGUUUGGAGAUCACCCCCUCAUCCAGUUCAAGUAUAUAAGGAACUGUGUGACAAAUAACGAGUCCCCCCACCUUACACUGAUCGACUCCUGCACUGUAAAGGAGAUGUUUGAAAAGGAACUUUCCACCAUUGGGGCCGUAGUGAAUAGGAAAUCUUCAAACCCGCCCCUUCCUCUGCCUCCUAAAAGGAGAGCCACAUCGCAAAUAUCAACCUGCGUUUGGGACGUAAUGGUGCCUUUUACGAUUGUGCUGGUGAAAGGUAGCAAGGUCAACGCAGAAGAGACAGUUAAAGUCCAGGUCCGCGCAGGCCUUUUCCACGGAACAGAACUUCUCUGUAAACCUGCUGUGAGCACGGAAACAUUUGGAAAGAAUGAGCAUGUUUGGGACAAAACACUGGAAUUCGAAAUUAACGUCUGCGACCUGCCAAGAAUGACGCGGCUGUGCUUUGCAGUGUAUGCAGUGAUGGAUAAAGUAAAGAAACAGAAGUCCACCAAGAACAUACAUGCCAAGUAUCAGACGAUAAGAAAAGCUGGGAAAGUACACUACCCGAUCGCCUGGGUGAACACAAUGGUUUUUGACUACAGGGGGCAGAUGAAGACUGGUGAGAUUAUUCUGCACAGCUGGUCGUCGUUUCCUGAUGAACUUGAAGAAAUGCUGAAUCCUAUAGGAACAGUGCAAACCAACCCAUACACCGAAAAUGCUACAGCUUUGCAUAUCAAAUUUCCAGCAUACUCCAGACCUACAGUCUUCUACCCCCCUUUCGACAAGAUUUUGGAAAAGGCAGCUGAUAUUGCAAGAAAUAGUGAUUGUGUGACAAUGGCUGGCCGUGGAGGCAAGAAGUUUCAUAUUGAACUGAAAGAGAUAAUGGAGCGGGACCCUUUGUCUCAGCUGUGUGAGAACGAGAAGGAUCUGAUCUGGACGCUACGCUACGACUGCCGUGAGAACUUCCCCCAGUCCCUGCCCAAACUGCUGCUCUCUGUCAAGUGGAACAAGCAUGAGGACAUGGCUCAGCUUCAAGCUCUGCUACAGAUCUGGCCCAAGCUGAGUCCGAGGGAUGCGCUGGAGUUGCUGGAUUUCAACUACCCAGACCAGUACGUGCGGGAGUACGCAGUGCACUGCCUUAGAGACAUGAGUGACGAGGAGCUGUCCCAAUACCUCCUGCAGCUUGUUCAAGUUCUCCGUUACGAGCCUUACUACGACUGCGCGCUUUCCAGGUUCCUGCUGGAGAGAGCACAAGCCAAUAGGAGGAUAGGGCACUUCCUGUUCUGGCAUUUAAGGUCUGAAAUACACAUGCCUGCAGUCUCUGUACAGUUCGCAUUGAUACUGGAGGCAUAUUGCCGAGGCAGUAUACCUCACAUCGAGGUUCUGAAGAGACAGGUGGAGGCGCUGACGAAGCUGAAAGCAGUAAAUGAGCUCAUCAAGCUGGGCACCAUCAAAAGCACGAAGAGCAAAGCAAAGGAAGCCAUGAUGACCUGCCUGAAACAGAGUGCAUACACAGACACUCUCUCCAAUCUCCAGUCGCCUCUCAAUCCCAGUGUCAUCCUCUCGGGGCUCAAUGUGGAGAAAUGCAGAUUCAUGGACUCGAAAAUGAAACCUCUGUGGAUAGUGUAUGAAAACAAGCUUCUGGGAGGGGAGUCGCUGGGCAUAAUCAUCAAGAACGGGGAUGACCUUCGACAGGACAUGCUGACUCUGCAGAUUCUCCGGCUGAUGGACAUGCUUUGGAAGGAGGCUAAUCUCGACCUCCGAAUUGUGCCUUAUGGUUGCCUAGCAACCGGAGACAAGUCUGGCUUGAUUGAGGUGGUGUCAGCAUCUGAAACCAUCGCCAACAUUCAGCUGACAAACAGCAAUGUGGCCGCAACCGCGGCCUUCAACAAGGAUGCUCUUUUGAACUGGCUCAAAGAGAAGAAUUCUGGAGAUGCCUUGGACCGAGCCAUUGAAGAGUUUACAUUGUCUUGUGCUGGCUACUGUGUAGCUACUUAUGUGCUUGGCAUCGGCGACAGACACAGUGACAACAUCAUGGUCAGAAGUACUGGACAGCUUUUCCACAUAGACUUCGGGCAUAUCCUUGGUAACUUCAAAUCCAAGUUCGGAAUCAAAAGGGAGCGUGUGCCUUUUAUCCUCACCUACGACUUCAUCCACGUCAUUCAGCAAGGGAAGACUGGGAACACUGAGAAGUUUGGCAGGUUUCGUCAGUACUGUGAAGAGGCCUACUUGAUCCUGCGGAAGAAUGGAAACCUGUUCAUCACCCUGUUUGCACUGAUGCUGACCGCAGGCCUCCCCGAGCUCACCUCAGUCAAAGACAUUCAGUACCUUAAGGAUUCUCUUGCCCUGGGGAAAACUGAUGAGGAUGCAUUGAAACAGUUCAGGCAGAAGUUUGAUGAAGCACUCCGUGAGAGCUGGACCACUAAAGUGAACUGGAUGGCACAUAAUGUGGCAAAAGACAACAGGUCCUAGCGAUCGCUGAACCACACUGAGAUGACCAGGGGACGUUGCUUUUCAAAUAAGGGAUCAGCUGCCAUCUGGACCAAAAUAAUGUAACCGUAACAGACUGGAUGUGAAUAACCCCAAUCGUUGCACUCUGAGCUUCACUCUGCUUGUUCAAAGCUUGACCACAAUGUUUUGUUUUCAUUUGUUUUUUCUACAUAUCUGUAUAUAGUGAGUAUCCAUUGCUGAA